AUGGGACUUCGCGGAUUCGCCACUUUCUGCUUGGCGUUUGCAAUGACCACUUGCAGCGCCGACGACGUCCCGCAAACAGCAAGCCAAGUGCACCUGCUGGUAGCCAUACAUAGGAACGUCUCGGAACAAGACUUCUCUCUCGAGAACCUGCAGCGCUUCUUUACCAGGGUCUCCCGGGAGCUGCGUGAGGUGACCGGACGCACGUGGAUAGACAGCGUCACGCUACAGGUGCCCAGUACCUGGCGCUACCGGAGGUACUACGAAGAGCUGGACGCCGACUUCUACCAGGUCGCCCAGGUCCGCGUGGUGCCCUCAGACGAGAACACGAAGCCUCGCAUGGAACUUGUGCAGCCUCUACCUUGUGGUAUGCCGGGUGAAAUGAUCCUCAUUCCGGAAUCGGCCAUCAUGCAGCAAUCGCAAGACCGCCACGUCCGCACAGAAUCCGGCACCCUUGCGCCAGAACACGAGUUUGUGCAUCUUUGGCCACGAUUCCGUUACGGGAUCUUCGACGAGAUCGGCAUUCCGGGCAGCCGGCGCUUUCCUAUGGCGGUGACCGACAACGACACCGUGUUUCCCGUGAGCCUUUCGAAAGGCCUCACCGGAGUGCUAUCUCUGCCCGACGGAAGCAGAUGCGCGGCGACACCCUUGGGAAUGGUUAGGCCGGACUGCCACCUGUUCCUCCAGCUCAACAACAGGCAGACGCUGAUGGAUUUACUGCGGAUGCCCUACGCGGCAGCGAACAACCCGACAGCGGCCAGGUACCUUCCCACUCAGCACAACGUUCUCUGCCACAGGCAAAGUACGUCGGAAAUUAUCUACUUCCCACGAAGACUUUACACUGAAGCGAGAGCCGAAGCGCUCGCCCAAAGAGCCUCGUUUCCGGUUCGUGAGGCCCAAGGAGAACGUCACUGCACGUGUCGUCCUCCUGCUGGACGCCUCGGAAGGAAUGUGUCGCGGAAGCUGGAUGAGACAGGUGCACCAUUCCGUGUCACGCUUUAUCCAGUCUCGGAUGCCGGACGGGCCCUAAGACUUCUUGUACCAUACGGCUGUGGUCGAGCUGGCGUGUACCCGUCGAAGGGACUUGAGCGCGCGGCUCAGCUGCUAAAAGGCUCUCACCCUGCGGGAGCGAUCGCGGUGCUUGUGACGCACGAAGCGUCCCUAGGAGGGAAGAACGAAACUGCGAUUGAAGCGUGGAACACUGGAGUCAUUCUCAGUACGGUGGCGUUGGGUGCACGCGCCGAUCCUGCGUUGGAGCUGCUCGCUUCCAGAAUGGGCGGCCUCAGCUUUUGGGUUCCGAGCGAAGGUGAUGUUUACAGCACACUCCUGGACGACGCAUUGGCUGAUGCUGCACAACAGCUUAGCCAUCCCGACGAACGGGAAGUCAUCGUGCGUCGCGAGGAGCUUCGGUUGCGCGGCGAGCGCCAGCUUCCUUUCAUCAUCGAUGCCUCCCUGGGUGUGGACGGCCGCGUGGCAGUCGUAGGAAGUGCGGUCGAGUUCCUCGCCGUGCGUGUCCGUGACCCUGACGACGAGCUGUACCAUGAGGCGAGUCCCGAGUGCACCAAGGAUGUGCUACGGACGCAGUCCGUAGUCUUCCAUUUCCCUAUCAUGAAACCUGGUCGCUGGAUGGUGCAAGUGUCCCCUACAAAAGGUGGCGGUGCUGGCGGGGCAGCGACGUCCACCGUGACACUGCUUGUGACGUCGUACACCACUCGGGGCAAGCACGCGAUACAGCUGCGGGCUCAGGCGUCAGCGUCGUGGGUCACUUACCCGGCUGUAGCCAGUCUGCACGCUCGCCUCACCAGAGGGAAGGACGUGGUCCUGGGAGCAUCGGUGUGGGCUUCGGUGAGCCGGCCCCGACGAAGGCACGUGGUCAUCACUCUCCACGACGACGGCCUCGGUGCCGAUACGAGUGCGGGAGACGGCAUCUACUCGGCCUUCUUCACGGACCACUCGGGCGCUGGACGGUACCGCAUGGCGGUGCGUGCUGCCGGCGACGAGAGUAACGCCCACGUAACGCUGCCCCAUGUCUGUCGCAGCUCUCUCGCAGACCUAGCACGAAAGCCAUCGAACCUAAUAGUGAUGCCCAAGAAGGCGUACCGCCUGACCGACCUGGCGGAAGACAUAGGUUUUGAGGACCAGUGGGCGCCCCAGGUUUCCGAGGCAGGUGAGCCGUGUCCAAUGUUCGGACGAUAUGUCGAUGCCGGCUCGUUCCAGCUGGUCGGAUACCGGGAGCGCAGCCCUAUUGGACCGGGUGCCAUCUCAGACUUGCUCGUCGAGGCGUCCAUGGUGCGAGGACCACGGUGGAUACUAGAGAUCACGUGGACAGCCAUGGGCUCGCACUUGGACGCCGGCGUCGUUGAGCACGUGGAGCUGCGCUGCAGUCAACGCGGAAGUGAACUAGAGGAGAACUUCCGGCGCGCCUUCCAGAUCAGGGAUACGGACCUCGUUCGGGGAAGCCUGAGCCCACGGCCUUCCCGGAAACGACACCACGUCGUCGUGCUGGUACCGGCCCGCUUGUUUCCACCGGAUGGCGGCGCCUUCACCCUCUACCUGGCUGUGCGUACCCAAGACGUGCAGGGUCGCCAGUCGCCGCUGUCCAACGUGGCGAGGGCUACGCACCCCGGCAUACGACCAGCGCAAGGCCAACCGGGUGUGGACAAGCAGAAGCCUGGAGCUGCGAUUUCAAACGUCCGAAUCGCCGAAUUCGAAGACGGUGACAGCGACGUGGACUUGGAGAUCCACAUUAUCUACGGCAUUGUAGGAAUCGCUCUGGGUGCCUUCGUCGAUUCUGUUUGUGGUUCCAAGUCGUUCCAGCUGAGAACGAUAGGAGGACCAGCGCGCGCAUGGAUGAACCGGUGGCCACCGAGGCCAGCUUGUGAAGCUUCAAGGACAACAUCGUCCACUAUAGUCCCUGUGCUUACCCUCAUGCCAGAGAAUGCCAUUGACAGGACUACAGUGACUGCCGACGUGGAGGAAGCUGACGGGGCUGUGUGA